AUGCCCAGUUUGUUUGGUUCCCCUCAAGGAGUUAUCCCAGCUUGCCAAAUCAUUUCCAACACAUACCAUAAGACAGGCAAAAGAAGCCCUCACCAUCUAUCAGGAAAAGAAAACAUUUUCUGGAAGGUUGAGAACUCAGAGCCAGAGGAAGCUGUGAGCUUUGACCACCUCCAUGCUCUGCAUGAUGGUCUUUUUGGGCACCACUCACUCAAAGAACUCAAGAUUCUUUUAAGCAAAUUACUGCAUAAGUAUGCAGUGCAACUUGAGGAGCAGCCUGCAGCAUUUCCAAGCUGGCAAGGUUUGGUGCACUUCAAUGGCAUCCUACAUCUCCUAUGGAUGCUCCACAGCUACUUAGAAUUGGACAGUCUCAUUGGGCUGGACAUGCACACUGACAGGACCCUUGAAUUGAUAGAGAGGGAACAGUUGGUUUUUGGAAGUGAGCUAAAGGAGUAUGUCUCCCAUGUGGCUAAUGGUGAGCUAGCAGGACACCUCAAAAUGGACUGGAAUUUUCCAAAGGUCCAUCUUUGGAAACAUGUCAUGUGGGACAUUCAGAAUAAAGGAGCAGCCCAUAACUACAGCACUCAGCCCAAUGAGAAAAUGCAUGGCUCACUUAAAGAUGCAUAUCAGGACUGCUCAAAUGGUAAGGAUGUUGCCAUUCAGGUCCUUCAUGUUGAUCACCACCACUUAGCCAUGAAACUAAUUAGGAACCAGGUGGAUGCUGAAGCCAAUCAUACACAGCAAGAUCAUGAUGAUGAUGAUAUUGAUGGUGGGGGUGAUGAGGAUGUCCUCAUGAGUUUCAGUGAGCAUGUUAAGCUCAGUUCACUGCAGUCACCAAAGAGCAUUCAAUUGAUCAUUCAUGAUCAUGCUUCACAGCAAGAAUUCCAAGGUUUCCAUCAGAAGUUUACUUGGUUCAUCAAUCAGUGCCUUCCUAUCUACCUCAAUCACAACUGGAAUUCUUGGAAAAAUAUCUCAUUUGCCAAAACACUCCAGUUGCAGGAACAUGCUUACCUCAAGGUCAAUUACGAAUCAAGGAUGGACUAG